GGAAGGAGAGGAGUGCAGGGGGCUCCCGGGCUCUGCCGGGGGGUGACCCUCCCCGUGUUGCCCGGCAGUGCCGACGCCGCCCUGGAGGAGGCCGUGGUGGAGGUGCUGGACCACCGGCCGCUGGAGCGGGAGCGCGGCCCGCCGUGCCGGGUGACGGUGGAGCCGGUGGGCUCCUGUGCCACGCUGGUGACCGAGCGCAUCGCCCAGGGCCCCCCGGGGCUGCUGGACACAACCACGGCCGCGCUGCUGCACGGCACCAUCCUCCUGGACUGCAUCAACCUGAGCCCGGCCGCCGGCAAGGUGACGCCGCGGGACGUGGCGUGCGUGGCCCUGCUCGAGGAGAGGUUCCCCGAGCUGCCGCCCCGCGACAGCGUCUUCGGAGCCCUGCAGGCGGCCAAGUUUGACGUCUCAGGGCUGACGACGGAGCAGAUGCUGCGCAAGGACCUCAAGGUGAUCUCCGGCGACGAGCUGGCCCUCGCCAUCAGCGGCGUCUACGUGGACCUGGAGACCUUCCUGCUCCGGCCCGGCUUGCUGCAGGACCUGGACGCCUUCUGCCAGGCCCGUGGCUACGCGGGGCUGGUGGCCAUGACCGUCUCCUUCAACGAGCGCCACGAGCCCACCCGCAAGCUGGCCGUGUACAGCCGGUGCGAGACCCUCCGCGGCACGCUGUGCCGGGCGCUGGAGGAGGCGACGACGCCGUCCCUGCACUUGCAGCCCCUGCCCAGCCCCUGGCCCUGCGUGGGCGCCUUCGCCCAGG